AUGUUUGUAGAAAUCAAAAGUUUGGAGGGGAGGAUUGCCUCACUGGAAAACAAAAUAACACGAAUGAGGGAAGAGCAAAAAGGUAGCAGAGUUGCCCAAGAAAAGUUGCAUGAAAAGCUGAAAAAUCUCUCUGACUCACUGUUGCGUGAAUCUGAUGCCCGGAAAUUAGCUGUUUUAGACUUAAAUCACUUACGGACCGAGUACUCUGACCUCCUGGAGUAUAUCAAGGAACUUGAUUAUCAGAAUCAGGAAGGCGGAGACCCCACUACCCUUAAAAUUGCACUCGAUCGAGCACAGGAAGCUCAUACAAAGGCAGUGAGAAGAAUAGUCUAUUUAGAGACGGAAUAUUAUGAUGUCGUACCAAAAAGAGAAUUUGACGAUGUUCAGAGCCGUUUGAAACUUGCGAAAUCUGAAGCUGAACGGUUGAAGGCUCGAUGUCAAGACCUGGACUCCCAGCUAGUUGAGAAGACAGAAGAGCUAUUGGCAACAGUCAAAGAGAAGCGAGAACUGGCAGAUAUGUUUGCCACACUGCAGGAUGUUUCAACACCACGGCCUGAGUGGUCGAGGGUCGCCAGUUUAGUGCCUGGAGGUCACAGGCGCUGGCAACAGUUGACCACAGGCAAGACCUCGGGGGAGAAGUUGGUCAUUCUAGCCACGGAAUUGGCGGGUGAGGCAAAUGUAGCUCCCCUAGCCAGAUCGGAUAGCCGGGAGUUGGAGGUGAGUGCGUCCAUCGACACAACCACUGCUCGCUCUACCAUGACAAAAGCGGGAAUGGCUGCGACAGAAACAACCAAGAAAGUCCCCAAGUUCUUGGAGGGAUGUCUGCAAAUGUCACCUCGUCUCUUCCCCAAACGCCAUCUCUUGUCGCUCCUCGAGUACAUAUGGCUCGGCAGGCAGAAACAACUGGCUAAUUAUCUGAAAAGUCGUGGGACUGAUGAGCAUUUGAAGCCACCAAAAUUCAAUGACUUCCUCUGUGAAUACAUGAAAAAGAUAUUCGGAGUGAAGGGUAUUCGUCGAGAGUGGUGCCUCUCCCUAUACGUUGCAGGUGGUGUAAUGACCGAAUGUGAAGAUAUAGUACGCUUCCGAAAAGUCGUCGACAAUGAGGUGGACGAGGCGUACCACUGGUACCUACACGCCCUCACUGGUCGGUUGUUCAGCCAGUUGCGUGAGAUGGCAUAUGCCACUGCUAUCGCCUUCGCGCUGUCCACGAAACUGGCGGGAGAGGAGGGAGAGACAGUGGGCACUGCUGCAACUGCGGCCACAGAUGUAAAUGAAGCUCCAAGUGAACCACCCGCACCUAUCAUGCCAAACACUGAGUGCCGACUGACCAUUCACCAGCUUAGCAUCGUUCUCGCCAAACUCCUACAGUGCGAACCUCAAAACUCUACGGUUCUGCGUCUCAUUCAAGCCGCUGUUAUAUGCGAGGAUGGCAGUAGCGAGGAGGAAGGCGAGCCGGCAGCAGCAACUGAUAUCGAUAUGGACAUGAUUGUCUCUCUAGAGGAGCUCUUCCAUCAGGUGUCAGGUGAACCACUUCCACACUUUGCACAAAUGCUUGUGAAUCAUCUUGAACAAGGACGAAAAACUAUUAUUGAUCAUAUUAUCAAGGAAAUUCAAAGGCAAAAGUCAAAAGAUAUAACCGCAUCAAUGGUGACACCAGCCGAGGUACUCGAGGCCAUGAAAGUUGUGCAACCAGAAUUUGAGUCGAUUAUCGACUCUUCGCCCAACUGCUUCUUCUUGCUAAAGCAGCAGCAGCAGGAAGCACCGGAGGAUGGAAGAGGGGGUCCCCAGGGCGUCCUUAGGGACGAAUUUGUGGUAUGCGAUCUAGAUGAGACGAACGCCACCCCAGAGGAGCAAGCGUUAGCCUGGGCGCGUUGCACGUCUAGUAAAGAGGCCAAGAACUACCUCACCGCCACUGUCCACUGGAUUUUCCAAACCGACAACAUGCAGACUACAACGGCUGACAAAAACAUUCCUCUUGAUGUACUUGAACGCCGGCUUUAUGGCGCCAAUAUCAAGCCAAACAACAGAUUUACAGCAGUCAAUUAG